ACUACCCAAAUUCUGUACAUAGUUUCCUGAAUUCUUUGCUGUGUUUUUCUUAGUAUUGGAUUCAAAUUUGCUUUUUCUUGAAGGAUAACAUUAACAAUGGCAAGCCAGGAACGAAGUAACAGUGUCCUGAAGGAAGGAAAAAGUUUAUCAAUUGACAGGUUCAACUUGGACAGUGAACAACGUUCAGACUUUGUGAAGCAUGGUUGUCCCCAAGUAGUGAAUAAUUCAAUGAUUGCCAUUCUGCUUGGAAUGCUUUUUGCACCUUUAGUUAUAGGAAUGUGUGGGAAAGCAUAUUGUGCAAGUAAAUUAAACCCAUUCCUUUUGUAUAGAUAAUCCCUUAAUGUGUCACUUGUUGCACAAAAUCUCUGAAGUUCAGAAUAGCCUUUUCUCAUCGUUACUGUUGAAUUACUACUUAAUUCUCGUUUAUAUGAAUGAUCAUGCUCUCUAGUUAUGAUAUAUGAUAAAAUAUAUGUUAUGAGAAUAGGCUUAUAUAUAAAUGUACUUCAUUGUGUUUAAGUGGAUAAGUACAUCUCCAGAAGCUUGUAGUAGCAUGGAUUCUGAUAUGAUUCAUGAACACUAUUUUGCACCAGUAAAAGAAAGACUAGCCUGCAAAAUCUGUUUCUACCUUGAACAAUCUUAGAAAUGCUGCUUCUUCAAAAUGUGCACAACUAGAUGUUGUUGUAGCCUCUUAACUCCCUAUUGGUGUUUAUCAUGAAAUUGAGAAAACAAAUGGAGUAAUUUUAUUUUGUGAAUGGGGUCAUGAGUAAUCUGCUUUUUAAUUGUUUGCUGGAUACACUAAUACAAAGAUGAUCCAUAC